UUGUGAUACGGGCGGUUUUCCCUCGACAAACAUUUUCGAUGAAGAUGCAGUGGCCCUCGCUGAGCGUUAUCCUCUCCAAGGUGUUCCUGGUGUACAUCGUGUAUUCGAUAUACACGUUGUCACAGUUGUUCGUGUCACCGGUCUGCGAGGAUGGCAAACCGUGUCUCAGGUCGUAUCUGAGCGAGCGGCCGCGACUGGACUUGUACAUUUACAGCUCCGUCAGGAGAAAUCCCGCCAGCAGAGAUGUCGAUCUCGUAUACUCGGCCCAGAACUUUGAUUACAGCCGACCGCAACCCAUUCCGACAAUGUUAAAUAUUCCACGCAGGACUCAACAGAAUGGGACACUGUUUUUACAUGUACUGAUAACUCCCAUGUCCACGAAGCAAGACAAGUCAUUCGUCGGCUUGCUGAAUGACAUGUUCACUUCAUAUGCUACUAUUAAAAUGUCACAAUACAUAGUACCUGAAGCGGAGACAUUUAAGUUAUUGGGCGAAAAAGAUUUCACUGUGAAGAAGCCCAAGGAGAACGUUGUACAUCCAGUGUCGCACAUUAAAAGUCGUGUGACUUUUACAAUAAUGACAGAUAAUGUUAUGCUUCCUGCAUACAGCAUGCCUGCCGAACUCAUGGAUCACAUAAAAAUAAUCGGCAAGCAAACAUUCCUACCAAUCGUUGCCUGUGAUUUUUUGCAAACCCGGCAUCGGGAUCUCCAACGGAUCACCAUGCAGAAUAAUACAAUGAAUGUCACGGUGGAAUACUCGCCCGUGACUUUAGGGAAACUACGACUGGUACUGCACGUACAAGCAGCCAUGGAGAAUCUGAAGAAUCUUGGUUUCUCCGAUAAGGAUAUCGAUGAGGUAAAAGGCAUCUUUGCAGACACCAAUAUCUAUUUAUUGGGCGGUACGUUCUUCAUCGCUGCAAUACACUUGUUGUUCGAUUUUCUUGCUAUUAAAAACGACGUCAGCUUCUGGCGAAAAAAGAGCAAUCUCAUAGGCCUUAGCAAGUGGACGGUGAUGUGGCGUGCGUUCAGUCAGACUGUGAUCUUUCUUUAUCUCUGUGACGAAGGCUCUUCUUUACUUGUUCUUAUUCCGACCGGUGUUAGCACCGUUAUUGAGUUGUGGAAACUGAAGAAGAUAUCUAGAAUCGAGCUGACUAAUGUCAACGGCUUCUUACCAAGAAUACGGUUUAAGACUGAUAAUAUCAAUGCGGCGGAAAUAAAAACUAGAGAAUUCGAUGCCGAGAGCAUGCGUUAUCUGAGUUACCUAUUGUAUCCGCUGGUAAUCGCUGGGGCGAUCUAUUCACUUCUUUAUCAGCCACAUAAGAGUUGGUACUCUUGGAGCAUAAAUUCCUUGGUGAACGGUGUUUAUGCAUUCGGAUUUCUCUUUAUGCUGCCACAGCUGUUCGUCAAUUAUAAACUGAAGUCUGUAGCGCACAUGCCGUGGCGAGCAUUUAUGUACAAAGCUUUCAACACGUUCAUCGACGAUGUGUUCGCUUUCAUUAUAACGAUGCCGACGGCUCAUAGAAUAGCGUGUUUUAGGGAUGACGCUGUCUUUCUUAUUUAUUUGUAUCAAAGAUGGUUGUACCCAGUGGAUAAAUCGCGCACGGAUACGGAUACGAUUACCGAAGAGGCUGUCGGCCUUGGCAGCGCUAGCAAGAAGGCAAAUUAACAAUUCUCAUUCUACAUUCUAUAUUUGUCUUUCGUCAUGGCCUAAGACUUCCAUCGUCACGUUGAUGCGCGUUAUGUGUUGACAGAUUGUAUUUAUAUCAUUAAGAUUAGAGUGGAAGAUAUUUAAUACUAAUAUAAAAUUGUUAUAAAAACACA